AUGGCCAAAUCAACCAAGCAAGAGAUCCGGCUGACUGGCGUCAUUGCGCAUUGGGAAUAUCAAUAUGCCAAAGAUUAUCUGAGAAGGUUUGGCUAUUCACAAAACGACAUUCAAGUGACGCACAACCCCAUGCACUACUUUGACUUUGUGGAAUAUCGGCAAUAUCUGAAAAAGGCAACUUCGCUGUCGUCGAACGAACAGGACCACCCGCACAUCGUCGAUGCGCUCUGCGACUCGGUCAUCGUCCAAGACGGAUCCAAGAUAUUCAGCCUGCAGCAGUUCCAGAGACAUGCCUUGGAGCGAUACCACUACCGAGAUAGCCAUGGCAAACCGACAGACGAAGAAAUCCGGAUGUACGAGGGACUCGCCUCGGACGAGUUUCUCGAGUACAUGAGGAAUAUCCGUCAGUCCAAAGGGAGGACAUUCGUGUUCCUGGAUAUUGCGCACGAUAUGGCAGCAAUAGGCCGACUGACGAUCGAGCUCUACAGUGACAUUUGUCCCAAAUCCGUGGAGCACUUUCUGGGCUAUGUGAAAGGCAAGUCUGUGGGCGCAUCACAGGCGUGGUGCUGCUACCGAGGCAGCAAGUUCACCAGAUGCAUCAAGAAUGGCUGGCUGCAAGCUGGAGAGUUUUCAACCCCUGAGAAGACUGUCUUGACUGAGCCACGGCUGGAAGAUGAGAACUUUAUAGUCUCGCAUAUCCAUCGGGGCACACUUUCGUUCGUGAACCGAGGGCCCCACAGCAACUUCUCCUCUUUCAUGAUAUCGCUGGGCCCGAUGCCGUACUUUGACAAGAAGUAUGUCGCCUUUGGUCGUGUUAUAGACGGCGGUCCGACCCUCAGAAAAAUGGAACUUGCCGAGACCAAGUUUGAACGGCCAGUUCUGGAUCUGACGAUCUCGAGCUGCGACGAAAUCCGGCUUUCGUGAUGUGCAACCACAGUGCAUCCGGCCUGAAGUCGGAUGAUCUGUGGGCUUGCAGACGAUCGGCCGUGCGGCUGAUUCCCGGUCUUGGUUGGCAAUCGCCGCUGCGUUGCAGCCUUGGGGCAUGUUCUUGAAUACACAGG